GCCCCGUCCUCCUUCCCCGGGGCCGGCAGGCGUGUCCCCCGCGCUGACCGCGUGCCUCUGUCCCCCGGCCCCUGUCCCCCGCCGCGCUGCAGGUCCAUCCACAUCGUGGCGCUGGGCAACGAGGGCGACGCGUGCCUCCAGGACCCGCAGCCGCGCCCGCCGGGGCUCAUCCGCGCCUACCUGGGCCGCAGCCCGCUGGUGUCCGGGGACGAGGGCAGCUUGUUGCUCAGCGCCGGCGGGGGCUCGGUCGCGCGCCCCGUGUUCACCGAGUACCAGGCCAGCGCCUUCGGGAAUGUCAAGCUGGUCGUGCACGACUGUCCCGUCUGGGACAUUUUUGACAGUGAUUGGUACACCUCUCGAAAUCUGAUUGGGGCCGCUGACAUCAUUGUGAUCAAAUACAACGUAAAUGACAAGUUUUCAUUCCAUGAAGUGAAGGAUAAUUAUAUUCCAGUGAUAAAAAGAGCAUUAAAUUCAGUGCCUGUAAUCAUUGCUGCUGUUGGUACAAGACAAAAUGAAGAGUUACCUUGCACAUGCCCAUUGUGCACUUCAGACCGAGGAAGCUGUGUCAGUACGACUGAAGGGAUCCAGCUUGCUAAGGAACUGGGCGCCACCUAUCUGGAGCUGCACAGCCUGGAUGACUUCUACAUAGGAAAGUAUUUUGGAGGAGUGUUGGAGUAUUUUAUGAUUCAAGCCUUAAAUCAAAAGACAAGUGAAAAAAUGAAGAAACGGAAAAUGAACAACUCAUUUCAUGGACUUAGACCACCUCAGCUUGAACAACCAGAAAAAAUGCCAGUCUUAAAAGCUGAAGCCUCACAUUACAACUCUGAUUUAAACAACUUGCUCUUCUGCUGCCAGUGUGUGGAUGUAGUGUUUUACAAUCCGGAGUUGAAGGACGUCAUUGAGGCCCAUAAGAUUGUUCUGUGUGCCGUAAGCCACGUUUUCAUGCUGCUUUUCAAUGUGAAGAGUCCUGCUGACAUUCAGGACUCCAGCAUCGUUCGAACCACCCAGGAUCUCUUUGCUGUAAACAGAGAUGCUGCAUUUCCAGGUGCUAGGCAAGCGUCUCCGGGCAACCCGCCCUUACGAGUCAUUGUGAAAGAUGUCGCCUUUUGUUCCUGUUUGUCUGACAUUCUGCGCUUCAUUUAUUCAGGUGCUUUUCAGUGGGAAGAAUUGGAAGAAGAUAUCAGGAAGAAGCUGAAAGAUUCUGGGGAUGUCUCAAAUGUAAUGGAGAAAGUUAAAUGCAUUUUAAAAACACCAGGAAAGAUUAAUUGCCUAAGGAAUUGCAAAACCUAUCAAGCCAGAAAACCACUGUGGUUUUAUAACACCUCCCUCAAGUUUUUCCUUAAUAAGCCCAUGCUUGCUGAUGUUGUCUUCGAAAUACAAGGUUCAACAGUGCCGGCCCACAGGGCCAUCCUGGUGGCCCGUUGUGAAGUGAUGGCAGCCAUGUUUAAUGGGAAUUACAUGGAGUCCAAGAGUGUGCUGAUUCCAGUUUAUGGUGUUUCCAAAGAGACCUUCUUGUCCUUCUUGGAGUACCUCUACACAGAUUCCUGUUGCCCAGCUGGCAUCUUCCAGGCCAUGUGUCUCUUGAUCUGUGCCGAGAUGUACCAAGUGUCCAGGCUGCAGCACAUCUGUGAGCUCUUCAUCAUCACACAACUGCAGAGCAUGCCUAGCCGGGAGCUGGCAGCCAUGAACCUCGACAUCGUAGACCUGCUCAAGAAAGCCAAGUUCCACCACUCCGAUUGCCUUUCAACCUGGCUACUUCAUUUCAUUGCCACUAACUACCUCAUCUUCAGCCAGAAGCCCGAAUUUCAAGAUCUUUCAGUGGAAGAACGCACUUUUGUUGAGAAGCACAGAUGGCCGUCAAAUAUGUACUUGAAGCAGCUUGCGGAAUACAGGAAAUAUAUUCACUCGAGGAAAUGUCGCUGCUUAGUAAUGUAACUAGAAGUUUUAUAAAUGUACAUUUUUGAUAAUGAUAAUGAUGAUGAUGACAGUGUUGAUGAUGAAGAUGAAUGGGAUGCUUUUGUGUACCAGAAGGAUUCUUGUGGGGAAAAAAUCCAAUAUGGUUGUUAAGGGAAAAAAAAAUCACUGAACAGCUUAAUGUGCUGAUCAGUUCUAUUUGAAGUAAACCUACUUUUGUGAUCUUUAAAGGGAACAAGAGAUACCACAGACUAAAACUAAAGCUUUGCCCAAAUAUAUCAAGCUGUUGUACAGCUACUUUUUCCCUUUAAGAUGUUCUGUUGCUAUAGUGAUGUGAAUUCCCCUCCCACUUAAUAAAUGCUUGAAGUUAAAAAUAAUCAUAUAGGAUUAACACUUAUCAUGUCUGAUCAAUUGCUCUAUUGAGGUGCAUCUAAGACCCCCAGUAUGACUAUUUCUGUAGUGAGAAUUCUAGAGGUGAAAACUGAUGGUCUGAAAUUUUAGAAAUAGAGAUGUCCUUGGGGAUUUUGAACAUGCCAUGUUACUUGAUUCUUAGCCAGUGACAGUGUUUGAACCAUCAUGAUGAAAAGAUUGUUUUUCUUUUGGAUAACCCCUCUGAGCCACCUUAUUCCUGCCCUGGGAUGUGCUCAGUGAGAAACCUAACCAGACCCAUGAAACCAUGUAGAUCCAUGUAGUCCACACUGAGAAAGACUCAGUCUUGUUUCAAUGCUGGCACAUCUGGAAGAUCCUUAUUUUUUUUGAAAUUUUAUGAAGGUGCCUGGGAUUGAACCCAAGUCUCACGAAUACAAGGCACUUUACUGCUGAGCCACAUCCCAACCCUUGAAAUAUGAGGAAGAGUUCCCACUUCCAUUUUGGACUGAACCCUUCUCCCAAAGUUAUGUGUGUCUCCUCACUGGAUAUGGUCUGUUCUUCUUGUUUCAAUAUUGUUGUUUCUGAACACAUAAGAAGCUUUGUAAUCAAGGAAAGAGAAAGGAGGAGACUGCUGAGGAUGAGUCUCUGUGGUGUUUCUACCUUUAGAGGGUCUGUACCAUACAGGGCUGCCACUGUCACCUUGACUCAAGUGAGAAAUGUGUCAUAUUGUCUUAGCUCUAAAAUAUUCACCAUCCGGGGGCUGAAGCAGUAGUACAGAGGGUAAGGUACUUGCCAUGCACACAGUAGACCUUAGUUCAAUCUUUGCCACCCCAUCUAAUCCUCUGAGCCCUUGAGCACAGAGCCUGGAGAACUCUCCAGGUAUGAUAGCUCAUGGUGGCGAGGGAACCAUAAAAGCUGACUAUCCUUACUCUGACACAGAGCUACAGGCUCUUUCUUGAUCAUUCUGUUAAACCAGGAUUUUGAUGCAAUUACAACUGAUUGAUGUGAUUUUCAUGUGUAUUAUAGGAAAUGAUGCUUUUGAGAGAAUCUGCUGUCAAAGGUUUAAGACUUGUUUUAGUGCAUUUACUCAAGUUCAGAUGUCCAUAGUGUGCAUCAUUUUUAAUUUUUCUAGGAGCCUCAAGGAUAUUUGACUAAAAGUAACAGGAGUCUUGUCUUUCAAGAUAGCCCAGUGAGUAAAAGAAAGAUUAUUAAUCAAACUUGUAGAAAAUAUGGUAUUAAGGUAGAAGACAGAAUUGUAGUUUCUUUUGUAGCUCACGACAAGAUUAUCAAAACCUGACAAGCUGCAUACACCAGAUUACUAUUUAUUGUUGGUUGUAUUUUCUUUUAUAAUUACAGUGUUACUCAUCAAAGGUUUGACUAAACAACUGUGCUAUUAAGAUGAAAUAUAAUCUUAUCUUUGGAUGUCAAAAGCAAAACAGGAAAUAUAUCCUGUGUAGAUCUUCUGAGAAAUUUGAUUUUUAUUGGUUUCUGUUGAAGAAAAUCAGUGUUUUAUAUUAACAUUUUAUGGACUAUAUCAAUAGUACAGCAGGUAGGGCAUUUGUUUUGCAGACAGCUGAUUUAGGUUUGAUCCCCUGAACCUCAUAUGGGCCCCUGAGCACCUCCAGGAGUGAUCCCUUAGAGCAAAGCCAGGUAUAACUUCCAAGCAUAGCUGGGUGUGGCCCCUCAAAAAUGUGUUUCAUAUUUUGAUCACUUGAAUUAACUACCAGCUUCCAGCAAAUCUCAUUUGACAAGGAUUAGAGUUGUAAAGAAUAGUUGUAGAUUUCUCGAAUGCACUCACAUACAAGACUGACAAUGAUAGCCUUUUGUUCUUCUUAAAUCUAUUCUUAUCCCCACGUGAAUCAUAGCAUUUAAAAUUCUAAUUCAUUAACUUUUAAUCUAGGAAGUUGAAAAGUCUCAGUCCUCCAGCGAUAUAAAAUAUUUUAUUGAAAAUGCUGACAUUUAAGUAGACCUUAGUCUUUCUCCUGUUACUGUAGUUUAGAUUGUCUUGAGUGGAUGCUGAGUUUGGAAUCUGGUGCUCAGUUGGCGUGGAGUAUGUAGGUUUUCUGAUGAACAGGUGUCACCACACUCAAAGACACGCAUGUUCUAGCUCCUUAGAGACAGAACAAUCACCAAAUUAGUUUCUAAACCUAGACUCAGUAGCGUUCAUUUAUGCAAUUUAAAAUGACACAACAUUUAAAUACUUACAAACUAUCAUGGAGAAAUGAAUGUUCUUUUCGAUUGUCUUCUUUAAUAGAAAGACUAUUUCUAGAUGGAUGUAUGCUUUGUGCUGAUUUCUGCUUCAGUAUAUCUACAGUCAUUUUAGUUAGCAAAGGUGAUGUAUGGUAAAAUUAAAGCCUUUUCUUUUCAGGCCAAGUUUUCACCUUAUAUAAUCCCUUGUGUACUUCCAACAACUCGGUUCAUGUUCUAGGAGACUAGACUUGUAACAUAAAAUUUUCAGUAACCCUAACUGAAGCGCACCCUGUUGGAACCUGUAUGACGGCUCUGUUCAUGCUGAGUAGUAGCAAAAUCUAAAACUAUGAUCAAUUUGACCACUAAGUCAGUGAACUUUUUCAAAAUGUAAUUUUUAAAAUGACACUACACCAAUAUAUAGUUCAGUGGACAAAAAUGUCCUCAAGGGUACUUUAUUUCUUGAAAGCAUUUAAUUCAACCUUUAAUAAUUUUGCAAAGAAGGGUAUGUAUGUAUUUUAAUAUAGCCUGAUCUGAAUUUAUAUGUUUUUAGAUUUAGUAUUUAACUUUUGUAACAAAUAAAUGUUUUUAAAAAUAA